GAAAGCAGGGAACUGGUGCGGGGAUUGAGGCGCUCUGUGAAAGGGGAUCCAUCUGCGGUGCACUGAGAGAUAAAUGUGAUAGUGUGCAGGGCACGUCUCAGAGGUGGAGGAGCUGGCGCUGCAGUCCAUGAUUGGGGCUGGAGAGGAGAAGGUCCCUGUGCCCCUGCCAGCCCUGGCUGAGGACACGCAGCAGACUCUUGGGCAGAUGGACAACGAGGCUGCCAUCAAUCAAACUGAGUUACACCUUAGUCUUCAGGAUUAUAAAGAGGAGGAAGAGGAGGAGGAGGAGGAAUCUGAUUCUUGAGAGAAAGAAAAUCAGAGAUGGUUUUUAAUACAGACUCAGGAAUUUCUUCUUUCAUCUGCAACUCACCAAGUGAUUUCCAUUUUGUGCUCUGUGUGGAUAUGAACUAUUUGAUAUAUCAGAGUUGAGGGCAGGGACACUGAACACGUGAAUUUCACAGGCUGGGCACAUCUUGACUCAGACCUUGAAAGAAUGAAAAUCUGCUGCACAAAGAUGUAGCAUGAUCCAUUCCACAUUUCAAACCUAAUGUAGCUCUUUGUAUGUGGAAGGGAGAAGUAAUUGAUCAACCAGACUAAUUAACACAUGCACUAAAAGCAAUAACUUGUCUGUUCUCACUGCCUGAUGUGAGAAACAAAUGCAGGUCCUGGAGGCUGGUGCUGCCCCAGUGAUUACAUUAUAACCUCAUUUGCCUAAACUGGGAAUUUAAAAUACAGCGUGAGAAAAGAUGUGUCCAGGGCUGUCUCCAGCCUUCAGCUGCUGUGUUCUCAGUUCCAUGGAAAGCUGGAGUCACUCCCAGAGUCCUCCCAGUGUCAGCCCUGUUCUGAGCACUGCAGGGAGGUCUCUCUGUCCCCCUGGUGCUCUUCAGUUCUGUCAGUCUGUCCCAGAAAAGGAGCCAAGGAGCCUUUUAUUUGUCCACAAAUUAUAGAGCAAGAAAUAAUCCGUGGUGGUAACAAGCUAAUACUCUUAAAUUGGUGUUAUUUUCUUUUUCUCUCAUUGUAACCUCAUAAACCAAGGCAAGGUCGCCUGCCUUCAUGUGAUUCUCAAGGAGGAGCAUGAGGAGUUCUAGUUAUAAGUGGAAAGUGAUGUGAAAUCUCCACAAUUUUUGUAUUUGGAAAAUUGUCUGGUAUCCUGGGGGUGGCCAGAACUGACAUUCAGCCUCCAGUGAAUUCCUGCCACUGUUAAAUGAGUGUUGAUUUGGCUCUUGUUUGGUUUGUAUCAAUGGAAACUGUUGGGGUGUAAAUGUGGCUUCAUCCUGCACUAAAGACUAUUUGGGUUUUGAGGAUCCUGGAUGUCUUAAGGAAGGAAGUUGGAACGAGUGAAGAAGAGAUUGUUUAACAAAGCUUUCCCAAGCCUGACAGGUAAAAAAACCCCAAAAGUCUGAGCCAAUCAUGUUCUGGUCAAAUAAGCCCUUGCAGUGAUGUGUGUGAAGAGCUGGUUUGGGCACAUUUCAACUCCAAAGGGUAAUUUUAACUGCUGAAAAAUGUUAUUUGUGCCCAGCAUGGUCCAGGGUAGUUGUCAUGGAGAGAAUUGUUGCUGCUUUUGUGAACGAGUCCCCCUUCCUUUUGGAUUUGAACAGCCCAGUUCUAGUGCAUGUUGCAAUAAAGUUCUUUUCCUGCUGUCCUU